UUCUCUGCCACACCUCGAAUUCGACGAGCCCUCGAGAACGCGAGAUAGGAGGGGGGAGACGGGGGAGGAGUGAAGGAUUCGAAGGAGGAGGAGGAGGAGGAGGAGGAGGAGGAGGAGGAGGAGGAGGCGCAAGGGGGUUGCUGGAUCGCUCCUCGCGGACGGCGGUCAUGGCGUCCAAGAGGCAGGCGGGCCCGGCGGCCGCUGUUCCCGCUCAGGAACAAAAGAUCGGAGAUGCGGCCAGGCUUGUCAGGAGGCCAAUACCAACGGUUCCACAGCAAGCAGUCGCAAGAAGCCACAGGGUACUUGGUGAUGUUGGAAACCUUAUGAAUGGACGGCCUGCCCUUGCAAACCGUCAGAAGCAAGUCGUUGUAGCAGCUGAAAACUGUCGGAAAGCAGUCCCUCAUGUAGCAGCAAGAAGCCGCCGAACGCUUGCUGAUAUCGGCAAUCUUAUCAACGGCCGUCCUGCUCCUGCAAAUCGUCAGAAGCCACUGGUUGCUGCACCUGACAGGAAUGGAAAAGCAGUGAAGCUGAAGGAGUGGAGUAAAGUGAAGCCCGAAGUCAUUGUGAUAAGUUCAGACUCUGAGAAGGAGAAGAAAGCCAAAGUCUCAGGAGGUCAGAGAGUUGCAAGGAGGGUACCAACCCUUACUUAUAUUCUGACAACUUGCAGCAGGGCUUCUGAUGGGAUAAUCUCCAGCCCGAAGAAGGUGAAGGCAUAUGACAUUGAUGCGGCUGAUGCUCACAAUGAGCUGGCUAUGGUUGAAUAUGUCGAGGACAUAUACAGAUUCUACAAGAGUACUGAGGGCACCUGCCUGCCUCUUAGCAGCUACAUGAGCUCGCAGGCCGAGAUCAAUGAGAGGAUGAGAGCUAUCGUUAUUGAUUGGAUCAUUGAAGUACAGCACAGGCUUAUCCUAAUGCCAGAGACACUUUACUUGACUGUGUACAUCAUCGAUCAGUACUUGUCCAUGGAGAAUGUGCCAAGAAAGGAGCUACAGCUUGUUGGCGUAAGUGCCAUGCUGAUAGCAUGCAAGUAUGAGGAAAUAUGGGCUCCACUGGUUGAGGAUUUGCUGUGCCUAUGCGACAAUGCCUUCACCAGAGAGCAGAUUCUGACCAAGGAGAAGGCCAUCCUGGACAAGCUCCACUGGAACUUGACAGUUCCAACAAUGUACAUGUUCAUUGUCCGGUAUCUGAAAGCUGCUGCGGCAAAGGGUGACAAAGAGCUUGAAAACAUGGCAUUCUUCUACUCUGAGCUUGCAUUGGUCCAGUACACGAUGCUGAUUUACCCUCCAUCAGUGACCGCAGCUGCUGCCGUCUAUGCUGCUAGAAGUACUCUUCAAAUGAAUCCACUGUGGACUGAUAUUCUGGAGUAUCACACUGGCUUAACUGAACCACAGUUACUGGACUGCGCGAGGCGCCUGAUGAGCUUCCACGCCCUGGCGCCGGAGAGCAAGCAGAAGGCGGUGUACAGGAAGUACUCCAGCCCCAAGCUCGGCGCCGUCUCGCUCUGCUCGCCUGCCAAGAAGCUGCUGUCGGUCUGAGCCGAAGCUCCCUGCGCUGCUGCUGCUCAUUUUCUCUUCUCUCUUGGGAGGUGCUAUUUGCUGCUGCUGUAUCAUCGCUUCGAUGGUACCAUUUCGUUUGGGCCCUGUUUUCAUCUUCUCUUGGCUUUGCUACUUAAAGCAGAGCGUGUGUUGAUCAGUAUACUUAAAGCAGAGCGUUUGUUGAAAAUGUGGUGCUUGCUGAAGGCUCAGUCAGUGGAACUUUUUGGAGCCUGUGAUGUGAUUUGUGAUGCACUUUCACAGCAUAUGCACCGAGAGACAACUUUUGAUGA